GAGUAAAAACUGAUGUUCCUAAUUUUGAGAAGCAUUUUGGCUUAAGGAAAUUAGUUAACACUAUAGCUCACGAAAUAUCUCAUUGUUUACUAGCAAAUUUUAAUCUUUUCUUUGGUUAUGACCAUGGCGAGGAACACAAAAAGUUAACAAAAGAUGUAGAAAUAUUUUUGUGA